AUGUCACAAUAUGACUUGAAUAUACAGCGACUUCCUUUGGAAGUUUUACAACAUAUUUUUAUCUUAUCGUCCAACCCAUCUUUUCCUCUUGUAUCUCGGAAUUUCCACAAAGCUGCAAAUUCUCAAGCAAGCGUGAAGACUCAAUGGCUCUUGCACUAUUUUCAAGGAAAGUGCAAGAGCGCUUUACAGGGAGGUUUAAAAUGGCGAUUUUUUAAUAAAGAAAUACUCAACCAAUUAGAUAAUAUUUAUUAUCAACAAAAUUUAAAAAUAUAUGAGAAGAUGGUAGGUUCUUAUAUAACCAAGGUUAUUCCCCAACCUGAGAAGAUAAUUCCUUAUGAAAACAGGAUUAUUCCUCAAAGGUUCUUUUCUUCUCCGGACCCGGAUGGUCGUCUUAUAGAAUUAACGAAAAUUCUACUUGAUCGUGGUGCCUCACCCAAUGAACCACAAGGAUAUCCUAUUGCAAAAUCUGUACAAAGGGGAAAUAUUAAAAUGGCAAAACUUUUAAUUCAAUAUAAAGCCAAAAUCGAUGCAGCAGAAAACCUUGCUUUAAAACUUUGUGUUGCGCGUAAUAAUUUAGAAAUGGCCAAGUUAUUAUUAGAUAAUGGGGCUAGGGCAGAAGAUUCAUUUUUGGCAACUGCGGUUAAAAAGGGUUUCUGGGAAAUGAAAAAAUUGUUAAAGGACUACGGUGCUACUGAAAACGCUGAAACGAUUAAUGCAUUUCAGAGAAGAUGA